GCGGACUCAUACCUGAACAUGGCGGACUGGGAGUAAAAUUGGUUACCCUUACCCAUAUCUUCUUCUUGUUCAUGUAAAUCCCAUUCAAUGGCUGUGGCUACUCUUACCCUGCAACACCGCUUACUGCUCUGCCCAUCAAAUUCAACAUCAACGACAUGGUUUCCCACCGGCUGCACCCUUUUGGCUACCCAGAGAAGAUCCAAGCUUUGUCUCAUCCGUUGCUCUGCUGCCUCUUCCCCUUCGCCCCCGCCAUCUUCCUCGGAAAUCGAUGCGGCUACGGCCGAGUCUUGCGUCAACCUGGGCCUGUCUCUCUUUUCCAAAGGCCGGGUUAAAGAUGCUCUUGCUCAGUUUGACAGAGCGCUUACUUUAAAUCCUAAUCCUAUGGAGGCGCAAGCUGCAUUUUAUAACAAAGCCUGCUGUCAUGCCUACAGAGGGGAAGGAAAGAUGGCUGCCAGUUGUCUGCGCACUGCCUUGAGAGAAUAUAACCUCAAAUUUGGCACAAUCCUUAAUGAUCCAGACUUGGCCUCCUUCAGAGCUUUGCCCGAAUUUAAAGAAUUGCAAGAAGAGGCUAGGUUGGGUGGGGAAGAUAUUGGUUACAGUUUCCGAAGAGAUCUCAAGCUUAUUAGUGAAGUCCAAGCUCCUUUUCGGGGAGUCAGAAGAUUUUUCUAUGUCGCAUUUACAGCAGCUGCAGGAAUUUCAACGUUCUUCACUAUACCUAGGCUAUUGCGUGCAAUUAAGGGUGGUGAUGAUGCUCCUGAUUUGUGGGAAACUGCUGGAAAUGCUAGCAUCAAUGUCGUAGGUAUCGUUGUUCUUGUCGCAUUGUUUUUCUGGGAUAACAGGAAGGAAGAGGAACAGCUUGCACAGAUAUCACGAGAUGAAACACUGUCAAGGUUGCCUUUGCGGCUUUCAACUAACCGGAUUGUAGAGCUUGUGCAAUUGCGAGACACUGUCAGGCCAGUUAUUUUAGCUGGUAAAAAAGAGACUGUGUCUUUAGCUAUGCAAAAGGCUGAGAGGUUUCGCACUGAACUUCUCAGGCGAGGAGUUCUUUUAGUUCCAGUUAUAUGGGGAGAAGGCAGGGAACAACAAAUGGAGAAGAAAGGCUUUGGAACUUCUCAAAAGGCAGCUGCUUCUCUUCCUUCCAUAGGGGAGGAUUUUGAGAAACGAGCCCAGUCAAUAACCGCGAAGUCAAAAUUGAAAGCUGAGAUUCGGUUCAAGGCUGAGGUGGUAUCACCCGCAGAGUGGGAAAGGUGGAUAAAGGAUCAACAGAAAUCAGAAGGAGUUACUCCUGGUGAGGAUGUGUACAUAAUACUACGCUUAGAUGGUCGUGUUCGCAGAUCAGGGAAGGGCAUGCCUGAUUGGCAACAGAUUGUGAAAGAGCUCCCACCAAUGGAAGCAGUACUGAGCAAGCUGGAAAGAUGACACAAAUUUGCUUGCUUCAUCCACAUUCAUCAGAUCAACUAUCCUAAUUUUUCGUAUUUCCCAAUGAAUUUUAAUUUAUUUUUUUUUUAGAUUUCUCAUCUGUUCUACGUGGUUAUUCCUACUGUAAAGUACAGAUUCUUUAUAAAUCCAUUAUUAUUAUUGUUAAGAAUGGUGCCUCCUGUGCAUGGUUGAUCCAGAAGAAUGGCAACGCUGUUCAAACUUCAAUGCCGAAUAGAAUAGAGCUCCCGUUUGGUUUUGUUUAUGUAAUUUUCUUUUGGAAUUCCCAUUCUAUUGAUUUCUUCCCCUCUAUUAGCUGUAACCUUGAGAAUUACAACACUUGGGCUUGAGAAUUCAAUUU